UAUUUGAAAUAUGAUAAUUUGUUAAAUAUUAUAAUAUUAAUCUUUUUUUAAUUUUAAAUGUUUUUAUGUAAUGUGUUAUACUUAGGAAAAUGUUGAGAUUUGCUCACCAAUCUUCUUAGACUAGUAUUAAUUUUGUGUAUUGCAUAUUUAAAAAAGUGCUUCCAUUUUCAAUCAUGACCAUUGCAAUUUUGGGUGGUGGUCUCGCUGGUCUAAGUGCUGCAUAUUAUCUGAAAUGCGAAGGUGGAAUCAAACAGAAUCAGUCAAUAAAAAUUAUUGAAGCUGACAGUACAACAGGUGGCUGGAUCCAAUCUUGGAAGGAUCAGAAUACUAACGCUAUAAUUGAGCUUGGUCCACGAACAAUCAGAGGUGGGGGCAAAACAGCCAACAAUACAUUUAGCUUAAUAAAAGAUUUAGGUAUCGAAGAGUUAGUGCAUAAUGUAGGUAUAGAAGCUUCUGCCAGGUACAUAUAUGCUAAUGGAGGUAUUCAUCAAUUACCAAUGAGUGCCUGGAAAGCCCUGUUUUCAGUGAAUCAACCGUUUACCAAACCAUGGAUUUACUACGUGUUACGUGAAAGUUUUCAAUCAAAUAAAAAUAAUAUUAAACCAGUAGAAGUUGAAGAAAAUAAUGAUGAGAGUGCUUAUGAUUUCUUUAGUCGGACGUUUGGACAAGAAUUUGCUGACUAUUUAGUUUCACCGCUAUUAUGUGGUAUUUGUGGUGGAAAUGCCAAACAAAUCAGUGUUAAGUUUAUGUUUAAUGCCUUAUACGAAGCAGAGCGUAAACAUGGAUCCGUUGGAUUAGGAUUAUUAAAGGAAAAAAUAAUUUCUUUUUUGAAUCGAGAAAAAGUAAAAAAUUCAGAGCAGUUAAUGAAACCUCCGCCAAGUGUUUAUUAUUUAGAAGGAGGACUAAAACGUUUAAUAUAUGCAUUACAUAUAAAAAAUGAAUCUCAAGGAGUUGAUAUUAAUGUGAAUACUCAAUGUACAAAACUAAAUUUUCACAAAAAUGGUAAAGGUGCUACAAUUUUAUUAUCUAAUGGUCAACAAUUGGAAUGUUCACAUAUAAUUAGUGCAAUACCUGCGUAUAAAUUAGCUACAUUAUUACUAGAUAAUCCUCAACAUACAAUCUUAACUCAAUUAUUAGAUUCCAUACCUAUGGUAUCAAUUGUAACUGUAAAUCUAACAUUUGAUGAUCCAAAUGUAAUGGGUCCUUACAAAGGCUUUGGAGUACUGGCUUCACCACUUGAAAAAUUGUCGUUAUUGGGUAUAAUAUUUAAUAAUUAUAUCUACGGACAUAGUGAUCAUGUGGAUCUUACAGUCAUGAUGGGUGGAUAUGCAUUUGAAAAACAUUUUGUAAAUAACUCCAAAUGUUUAUCUGAAGAAGAAUUAACAGAUAUAGCAAUAAAUCAUGUCAAACGUGUUCUCAAUAUUCAAACAAUACCUAAAACAUGCAAUACACGCAUAUUACAUAAUUGCAUCCCACAAUAUACAGUUGGACACUAUGAACGGGUAGCAAAAAUUCAAAAAUAUUUAACUAAUAAGCGUUUACCAAUGACACUUGUUGGUUCAUCAUAUGCUGGAGUCAGCAUUAAUGAUGUUAUAUAUGCAUCAAUGACUGCAAUGCGAAAAUUGUGUAAGCGAUAACAAUUCAAAUUAAAUAUAUUUUUAAUUAUUUGAAUAAUAGAUAUUAAAAAUGUACUGUUUAGCAUU